UGAUCUGACUUCAGUUCGCCACGCCAGAUUGAGUCCAGAUGCUUUCCAAUUAGUGGAAACUUCCGUACACGUCAUAAAUGGCUGAUGAAGGCCUGCUGAAAACCUGCCAAGCGGCAAACACGUCAUUGAGAGAACAAAACAUAGCUCGGUGUUAUUAAUAGUAAAAAAAAUAAAAAUAAUAAUCCAGUAUGUCCAAUGAAGGAGCAAAGAAGAAAGGUAAAGUACCUGGGGACAAAAAACCGUCUAAACGGAAAGCAAAGAGGAGGGAAACUUAUGCAGUGUAUAUCUACAAAGUUUUGAAGCAGGUUCAUCCCGACACUGGUAUCUCCAGCAGGGCGAUGAGCAUCAUGAACUCAUUUGUUAACGAUGUGUUCGAGCGCAUCGCUACAGAGGCCUCACGGCUCGCUCACUAUAACAAGCGGUCGACCAUCACGAGCAGAGAGGUGCAGACCGCAGUCCGGCUGCUGCUGCCUGGAGAACUCGCCAAACACGCCGUGUCAGAGGGCACCAAGGCCGUCACCAAAUACACCAGCUCCAAGUGAUCACCUGUGAGCGGUCCAAGAGCCGGAGGAGCAUUUCAGUUUAAAAAGUCCUGCAUAAAAUUGGCCAUGUUUGCAAUCACUCUUCAGUGUUAAUAAAUGCACACAUAAAAA